CACGUCGAGGCACGGCCACAGAAGGGUGGCUCAACGAACUCGCAAUAACAGCGAACGGCGCCGGCUGCAUGGAGGCCUCCAAGUCGUCGACUUCAACCAUGCAAGUGAGCUUCGUGUGCCAGCGCUGCAGUCAGCCGCUCAAGCUGGACACGUCCUUCAACGUGCUGGACAGGGUGACCAUCCACGAACUGACCGCUCCGCUUGUCACUGUAACCGCGGCGCAGGUGAAGAAGGAGGCGGAGGCGGAGGCGGAGGCGGAGGAGAGCAGCGGAGAGAAGAGCGAGGCGGCGGCGGAGGAGACGUUCGUGGAGAACAAGCAGGAUGGAGUCACGCGAAAGUACAUCCCACCAGCGAGAAUGCUGUCCACGGAGAGCGCCAACAGCUUCACGCUGAUCGGGGAGGCGUCCGACGGCGCCACCAUGGAAAAUCUGAGCCGGCGGCUCAAGGUGACUAGUGACCUGUUUGACAUCAUGUCAGGUCAGACCGAUGUGGAUCACCCACUUUGUGAGGAGUGUACGGACACCCUACUCGAUCACUUGGAUACGCAACUGAAUAUCACGGAGAAUGAAUGUCAGAAUUACAGGAACUGCUUGGAACUCCUUGUGCACAUGACAGAGGAAGAGGAGGAAAGCCUACUGGCGGAGCUGAAGGAGCUCAGCACAGAGGAGGAGCAGCUCAUUGAAGAACUGGAAGGAAUUGAGUGUGAGCGCAAGCGAGCCGCUGAAGACUUGACGAAGGUGCGGGCCGAGAGUGAGCGGCUCGACCUCGAGGAGCUCCAGUAUCAGAAGGAGUACAGCGAGUUCAAGAGGCAGCAGCUGGAGCUGGACGACGAGCUCAAGAGUGUGGAUAAUCAGAUGAGAUACGCGCAGAUCCAGCUGGACAGGCUGAAGAAGACCAACGUUUUCAACGCCACCUUUCACAUAUGGCACAGCGGCCAGUUUGGUACUAUUAACAAUUUCAGGUUGGGCCGCCUUCCCAGUGUGCCAGUUGAAUGGAAUGAGAUCAAUGCGGCCUGGGGUCAGACGGUGUUGCUGCUUCAUGCUCUUGCUAACAAGAUGGGCCUCACGUUUGAACGGUACCAUCUUGUCCCGUAUGGAAAUCACUCAUAUUUGGAGUCUCUCACAGACAAAUCAAAGGAGCUGCCCCUCUACUGCUCAGGGGGACUUCGCUUCUUCUGGGAUAACAAGUUUGACCACGCCAUGGUGGCGUUUCUGGACUGUGUGCAGCAGUUUAAGGAGGAAGUGGAGAAAGGGGACACGGGCUUCUGCCUGCCUUACAGAAUGGACGUUGAAAAAGGAAAAAUUGAAGACACGGGUGGCAGUGGCGGCUCGUACUCCAUCAAGACCCAGUUCAACUCCGAGGAGCAGUGGACGAAGGCCCUCAAGUUCAUGCUGACCAACCUGAAGUGGGGCCUUGCCUGGGUCUCCUCCCAGUUCUAUAACAAGUAGUCAUGCCAGGACGUGCCACUUACUGACUCACAUUCACAGAUUGCUAUUCACAGGACUUUACAUUUUUAUUAAAAACAUGAUCAGUUAAAAAAUGUAGAAAAUUGCAUUAAAACACUUUGAUACUCGA